AUGUCACAAGAGCCUCCAGUCACAGUUCCUGGGGCCCUUGGGGGCGCGCUCGCCUCGGCCUCGGACGCCGAGAAAAACACGAGAUUUGACGCCUCAGGCAGAAACACAACACCCCCUAAGCUACGCAGCUGUGUUGUAUGCCGAAGUCGGAAAGUCCGUUGCGACAAGCGAGCGCCCUGUUCUAAUUGCCGUCGCGCAAAUAUCGCGUGUGUUCUUCCACCAACAGACCGGCCACCAAGAUGGGCUCGCCGUCUCGACCGCCUGAACAGCGCGGUAUCCAACCUACAAGCCUCCCAGGAUCCCGAGCCAGUAGCAGAUGAGGUGAUGGAAAGGCUUCACAACCUUGAAAGCCUUGUUCAAGAGCUACGUAUUCAGCUGGAACAGGCUAAACCAGCAGCUAACUCUGGUGCUGAAGGGUCAUCCGGCGUUGGUUCGCCUGAAAGCUCCGCGCAUGAUCGACAGUCAAACCCAUCUUCCAAUGGUACUGCUAACCUGCAAAAAAAGUUCGGGAGACUGGUGCUUCAAGAUUCAAACCGAACCCGCUAUGUCAGCACUGGCUUCUGGUCUAGGGUCAAUGACGAGCUUGAUGGUCUCAGGGCAGACGUUAGCGGUCUUCCAUUUGGAGAAUCUGAGACCUCGGAUGAUGAGGCCUCGCCGGAGAUGACCCCUUCCACACAAGAACUUGAACGGACCCCGGCGGAGCGUCACGGAUUCUUGUUUGGGCACAAUUUGAGUGCUUUCUUUCCUGACCUAACAGAACUUCAUCCACUCCCCUCCCAGAUUCCUUUUCUCCUAGACGUGUUCUCCGAAAAUGUGAACAUUAUCUUUCAAAUCGUUCAUCUUCCCACCAUCAAAAACAUGGUUCGUGAUUGGCGUAGCCGCGAAAUGAAGGGACUCACACCGGCCAAUGAAGCUUUGAUGUUCUCUAUUUACUACGCCGCCGUCACAUCGAUGGAAGAAGAAGAUGUAGUACGUAAUUUUGGAGCCACGAAAGCCGAGCUCAAUCUCAAAUAUCGCCAAGGCCUCGAACAUGCUCUUGCAAGAGCAGAUUUUCUGAAUGUACCAGACUUUGUUCUCGUGCAGGCAUUUGCCAUCUUCCUUUGUCUUGCUCGCCGACAUGACAGUCCGAGAUUUGUGUGGAUGAUGACGGGACUAGUAAUCCGAAUGGGCCAAGCUCUGGGACUACAUCGUGAUGGAACACAUUUUGAUUAUCUCAGCCCAUAUGAGAUUGAAAUGCGGCGAAGAGUCUGGUGGACCCUGUGCAUGUUGGAUGCGAGAGCAUCCGAGGACCAAGGGACCGAUUACACAAUUGCAACAGCGAGUUUCGAUACUAAAAUACCUCUUAAUCUUAAUGACGCCGACCUCAGCCCUGAUUCAAAGCAAACUCCUCAAGCUCACAAUACCCUGACUGAUAUGUCCGUUGCCCGUGUGUCUUUUGGCAUGAGCGAGGUCACGCGGCAGAUGUUCCCUCAUGAUUUCAAAGACAGAGCACCGAGCCCAGAAGAGCAAAGUCGCUUGCUGCAACAGAUAUACGAAGGCCUUCAACGAGACUUUCUUCAAUACUCAACCGACUCGGGGAACAUUAUAUACUGGGUAAUAGUUAAGGUCGCUCGGCUUGUUAUGUCCAAGAUGACCCUACUUAUUUACUUGCCUUUGUUGUUCUCCUCCCCGAAUGAAGACUUCUCUGAGGAGCUGAGGACAAAACUAUUGGUUGCCAGUAUCGAGGUCGCCGAGUACAAUCACGCCCUGAACAACGAGGAAGCAUGUAGGCACUGGCGCUGGGUUUUCCAAACCUAUACCCAUUGGUACUCCAUUGUCUACAUGAUGCUAGAGAUCUCUCGACGCCCAUGGUCACCUCUUUCUGAGCGGGCUUGGGUAGCUCUUCAUAGUCCCUGGCUAAUACCGAAUCAAUCACACAUGGAAAGGAAUCUACGAAUAUGGAUUCCACUCCGAAAGCUGAUGGCCAAGGCUAGAGAUUAUCGCAAUAUGGAGGUCGGGCGGUUGAGAAAUGACUCUCAAGCUGUCCAACAGCUGGAACAGGGCUAUCACAUUGCCCCAAUCCCAUCGAGCCCUGGGCCAUUUCCAUCUGGUUCAAAUUCAUCAGAUCUCUUCCUUGAUCAAUGGCGGCAGUUGGUGGCACAUUCAGAUAAAACCAGACAUGAUGCAUUUGAGUUUGCCAUUGUCAACCCGUCAAAUCCAUCAAUGCACAUUGGUAAAAGACAGCCAAGUGUGCAUUCUGCUCCCAAUUUGUCCCAUAAAACGUUAAAUUCAGCUUUCAACGCUGAGCCAGAGUAUCUUGCUGUAGAUGCAGGACAGUUCGGGUACGAAGUUCCAAGCAUUGAAUCUACAAACUUUGCUUCAGUCAUGGCGCCUAAUCCAAGAACCAAAUUCGAACCCGAAAAUCCUUCUGCUUUCUCACACAACUACUUCUCGAUGGUACCUGAAGCUCAAUUCGGCGACCAAACUAUCAAUCCAGCCGUUGCACCUUGGCUGUGGUCUGGGGAGGGCAUGCCGACUGAUUUCCCCAGUACCUCUGAAGACCAAGCCGGUAACAACAUGCGCAUGGAUGAGGAGGUGAAUUGGUACAACUGGGCUGCAUCUGCGAAGGAUAUGGAGUGCGAUGGAGGGAUCUAUAACGGUGGACCGCGCUAG